AUGAGCGGCCUUGCAAGUCCAAAUAACCAGCGAAAACAAAGUAACGCUUCGGGUCACAGCGUUGACUUGGCUGAACCGUCAACUUUAAAAGGUUCUAGUAAACGUGAAUAUGACGAAGAUGACGAUAUCGAAUCUAACGAAGAAGAAAGUGGUACUAAAAGUGAAAAACGUGCUGGUCGUCGUAAAAUAAAAAUUGAAUAUAUCGAUGACAAAAGUAGACGUCAUAUUACUUUCAGUAAACGAAAAGCCGGAAUAAUGAAAAAGGCAUAUGAAUUAAGUACUCUUACUGGGACCCAAGUUCUACUUUUGGUUGUGUCAGAAACUGGUUUGGUCUACACUUUUACUACUCCAAAACUUCAACCCCUCGUUACCAAGCCUGAAGGAAAGAAUUUGAUCCAGGCUUGUUUGAACGCUCCUGACGCUCCAUCCGGUCAAGAUCCUCCUAAUACGGUAUAUAUUAAACAUAAUUUUUCUCCUAAUCAUAUUCGUGCAAUGCAGCCUUUUUCUUAA